UUGGUGGCAUUACUACUUUGGAGUUAUAAAUACUUUUCCGGACAAAAAACCACAACACCGCUCCUGCCGAUGGUUAUCAACACCUGGCCCUUUGCGGAAGCCAAAAAGGAGGCGUGGCGACUGCUCAAUGUGAAAAAGGGCGGACUUGGACAGACGAGAAGCGCCGUUGUGGGCGGUAUAUCCAUGUGCGAAAAGCUGCAGUGCGCCAAGACUGUUGGCUACGGCGGCAAUCCCGACGAGCGCGGAGAUACAUCCCUGGAUGCCUUGCUUAUGGAUGGAGGCACCAUGGAGGUGGGUGCUGUGGGCGAUCUGCGACGGAUCAGAAGUGCCAUCAAGGUGGCGCAACAUGUCUUGGAACACACGCUUCACACCCUGCUAGUUGGCGAUGGGGCCGAUGAGUUCGCCAAUGCCAUGGGAUUGCAGUACGAAUCACUAAACUCUGAGGACAACAUAGAGUCAUUGAAAAAUUGGACGAGGCACAACUGCCAGCCAAACUUUUGGCGAAAUGUCCACCCGGAUCCGAGGACCUCCUGCGGUCCCUACCAGCCCUUGGUCACAUGGGAUCCGAAUGCCAAGCAAUCGGAUCGGAUCGAAAUUGGUCCCGAUAACCACGACACCAUCACCAUGGCCGCCAUCGAUGAGGAGGGUCACAUCCAUGUGGGCACCUCCACCAACGGACUACGCUACACGCUGCCCGGACGUGUUGGCGACGCCUCGAUUCCCGGCUCCGCUGCCUAUGCGGAUAACGAAGUGGGCGCCGCUGUUACCACUGGAGAUGGAGACAUCCUUAUGCGCUUCCUGCCCUCUCUCCUGGCGGUGGAGGCCAUGCGGGCGGGCAAAACACCGGCGGAGGCAGUCGAGUUGGUCAUCCAGCGAAUCCAGAAGCACGUAAAGUAUUUCGAAGUCGCCGUUAUCGUUGCAAACCGGCUUGGAACGUACGCAGUCAGGUGCCAUGGUACUGGCAUGGCCAGGGAUAAUGGAAAGUUUGCCUAUAUGGUCAGUAGUCCGGGACAACCGGUGCGCACGGAAUCGGUUGAGUGCUCAGCGAAUCCUGAGAAAUCUCCUUCCGAAGACGAUAGACAAGUUAUUUGGUAAUGUUUACUAAUUUUGUUAGACUAUAAAUCUUAUAAUUGUUAUGCACUUAGCCAUUUUAAAAUGUAUCUGAAACCAGGAGUAGAAGAAUUACGAUUAGCUCCUGCAUAAAAGAAAAUGUGCCUCAGAUUAGACCUAUCGGUAGAUUAAAAGGCUGAAUAAAAGCAUGUUCAUUUUUUGC